AUGUCCGCUCAUAAUAUACUAAUCGAUUUAUCUAAUAAUGAACCCAAAUUGCAAGAAGUAGAUGUAAAUGAUCACGAUUAUAUGAAAAUUUACACACAUCUAGAGUUAGAAAUGUACAAGGAUUGGAUCAAAAAUAUUCUUCCGAAUAUUUCUGGAGCUUAUUAUAUUCGAAAAGACAAUCGUGAAAGCUCAGAAUAUAAAUUGAACGAAAGAUAUGUAUGUUAUUGUAAUGAAAAUUCAAGAUCCACAGCUAGUACAAUGAAACGAGCCAUUAAACCCUUAUCAGAUCACAAUUUUUCUCGUUCUAUUCAAAAGUUAUCGAAGAAGCUAGGAUACAAAUCAUAUUUACGAGUAUUAAAACGUCAUAAUGAAAAAGGAAAUGCUGUUCAUAUUAUUCACUAUACAUUUCAUAAUGGGCAUACUCCUGGUAGUAAAGAGACAGAUUAUAAUGAAAGCACUUCUAUUAAGGAGUGGGUCAUUUUAUCAAAGGAAGAUGGAUCUCAUAUCUGUAGCAACCUGGUCUGGGAGUCAUCCUUAGGCUUCAUGUUCAGAUUUCAAACUGAAUUUCAGAAGAAUAUGUUGAAGUCAAAAAGUGUGCAGACUGUUUGCAUAGAUGGCACGCAUGAAACAACAUCACAUAAGAUGAAUCUCUUUACGCUACUUAUACGUGACGAUGAAGGUGGACAAGGUAUAUCUAUUGCACAUUUGAUAUCAGAAAGAAAAGCAGGAGAGACAUUAAUUAUUUGGCUUAAAGCCAUUAAAAGUCAAAAUCAAAAAUGGGAACUACAUACCUUUCUUACCGAUUGUGAUGACGCACAACAAAACGCAAUUUCCAAUGAUAAUUAUCUUGAGACUCGAGAAAAGAAUGAAAAUAAUGAUAAUCUUUUUAAACGAUCUGAAAAGCAAGUAAUCCAAAAAGUGGCAUUGGAUGAACUUGAUGCAAUUAUGAGAAUUUGA